AUGUCUGACGUGACGAAGCAGCUGAAGGAGCUCGUGUGGGGACCCAAGGCCGGCCCGGGGCUCUCCGAACCCAUCUUCGGCCGCUGGACGCAGGGCUUCGUCUUCAGCGAGUCGGAGGGCUCGGCCCUGGAGCAGUUCGAGGGGGGCCCGUGCGCCGUCAUCGCCCCGGUGCAGGCCUUCCUCCUCAAGCAGCUGCUGUUCACCUCGCAGAAGUCCUCCUGGAGGGAGUGCCGGGAGGAUGAGCGCAAGGAUCUGCUGUGCCACACCCUGAGCGACAUCCUGGAGGCCGCCGGCUUCGACUCGGCCGGGCCCUACUGCCUGGUGGCCUGGCUCCGGGGGAAGGAGGCCCUGGCCCUGGCCAACCGGCCCACGGCGGCCGGCGAGUGUAGCUGCCCCGAGGGCUUCUCCCCGGGCCUGGCGGGCCAGGAGCAGCUGGGCUUCGAGCGCUUCCACUCCCUCAUCCACAAGAUGUCCUUCAAGAGCUUCCCCGAGCUCAAGGACGCCAUCUGGGAGCAGUACUCCAUGUGGGCCAACAAGUUCGGCGUGCUGCUCUUCCUCUACUCCGUGAUCCUGACCAAGGGCAUCGAGAACAUCAAGAACGAGAUCGAGGACUCGGCCGAGCCCCUCAUCGACCCCGUCUACGGGCACGGCAGCCAGAGCCUCAUCAACCUGCUCCUGACCGGCCACGCCGUCUCCAACGUGUGGGACGGGGACAAGGAGUGCUCCGGCAUGAAGCUCCUGGGCAUCCACAAGCAGGCCACCGUGGGCUUCCUCACCCUCAUGGAGUCGCUCAGCUACUGCAAGGUGGGCUCCUUCCUCAAGUCGCCCAAGUUCCCCAUCUGGAUCGUGGGCAGCGAGACCCACCUCACCGUCUUCUUCGCCAAAGACAUGGCCCUGGUGGCCCCCGAGACGCCCUCCGAGCAAGCCCGGAGGAUCUUCCAGAACUACGACCCGGAAGACAACGGCUUCAUCCCCGACUCCCUGCUGGAGGACGUGAUGAAGGCUCUCGACCUGGUCUCCGAUCCCGAGUACGUCAACAUCAUGAAGAACAAGCUGGAUCCCGAGAGGCUGGGGAUCAUCCUGCUGGGGCCCUUCCUGCAAGAGUUCUUCCCCGAGCAGGACUCCAGCAUCCCCGAGUCCUUCACCGUGUACCACUACAACGGGCUCAAGCAGUCCAACUUCAACGAGAAAGUCAUGUACGUGGAAGGCACCGCCGUGGUGAUGGGCUUCGAAGACCCCCUGCUGCAGACCGACGACACCCCGGUCAAACGCUGCCUCCAGACCAAGUGGCCGUCCAUCGAGCUGCUCUGGACCACCGACCGCUCGCCUUCCCUCAACUAGUGGGCCCGCCGGGCUCUGACGUGCCCAGAAGAUGUUCUCGUAUGCACAAAGGGAGAAACGUACACCCCGGUUUGGUUCCUUGAUGAGCUGUAAAUAAUUAAAACCGCUUAAUGUUUGAGAUGAAUUUAAGUCUUACUUCUUUUCAAGUCCUUCCUGUUCAAGUGUGUCAUUCGGGCAGCGGCCAGCCAAAGCCACCCUUUGGCCCGCCCCAGGGAACGGCCCACCCCGGGGGGCCCCUGACCAUUGCCUCGGGCUCCUCUCUGUACUCUGUGUGAUGA